GGCGCCCGCCGCCUUAUCUCGGCGCCUCAGGGCCUCCAGAGGAGUCGCGGUAGCGCCAGGAGGGAGGCGGCGGCGGCGGCGGCAUGGCCCGGGGGCCCCGGGGCUCGGGCUUCCCGCCCGGCCGCCUGCUGCCGCUCCUGCUGCUUCUCGGCCUGGCCGGCGGCGCGCCCCGAAAGCCGCGCGCGGACGAUGUAUGUGUCACUUGCCAUGAAUAUGCCACCUGCCAUGAAAGAGGAGGGAAGAAGAUGUGUAUUUGCAACUACGGAUUUGUGGGCAAUGGGAGGACUCAUUGUAUUGAUAAAAAUGAGUGCCAGAUGGGAGCCACUGUGGUCUGCGGGAACCACACGUCUUGCCACAACACUCUGGGAGGCUUUUAUUGCAGUUGCCUGGAAGGAUAUCGAGCCACAAACAACAACAAGACAUUCAUCCCCAACGAUGGUACCUUCUGCACAGACAUAGAUGAGUGUGAGGUUUCCGACCUGUGCAGGCAUGGAGGACGGUGCGUGAACACUCACGGGAGCUUUGAGUGCUACUGUAUGGAGGGAUACUUGCCAAGGAGCGGGCCUGAGCCUUUCCACCCGACCAGAGAUGCCACGUCAUGCACAGAAAUAGACUGUGGCACCCCUCCUGAGGUCCCAGAUGGCUAUAUCAUAGGAAAUUAUACCUCUAGGCUUGGUGGCCAGGUUCAUUAUGCUUGCAAAGAAGGAUUUUUCAGUGGCUCAGAAGAUACAGUUUCAAGAUGCACAGCCUUGGGCACAUGGGAGUCCCCAAAAUUAAACUGCCAAGAGAUCAACUGUGGCCGCCCUCCGGAAGUGCAGCACGCGGUCCUGGUGGGGAACCACAGCUCCAGCCUGGGCGGUGUGGCUCACUAUGUCUGUCUGGAGGGCUUUGAGAGCCCUGGAGGAAAGAUCACUUCCGUCUGCACAGAGAAAGGCACCUGGAGAGCAAGUACUCUGUCAUGCACAGAAGUAACUAUAGAAAUUAAUGAUGUAUCCGUGUUUAACAACACCUGUGUGAGGUGGCGAAUAAACCCAGGAAGAAUAAACUCCAAGACUGCGUUCGUGGUGCACAUAAAAGGACACCGGUUGGACUCAAUGGAAUCAGUUCAUGAGGAGACGGUCAAUUUGACCACAGAGAGCAGGACCCCAGAAAUGUGCCUAGAUCUGCACCAGGGCACCAACUACACCGUCAGCAUUUCUGCUGCCCCUCCCAGACGCUCUGUGCCAGCCAUCAUUGGGUUCCAGACAGCUGAGGAUGAUCUCUUAGAAGAUGAUGGGAUUUUCAAUAUUUCAAUAUUUAAUGAAGCUUGUUUAAAAUUGAACAGGCAUUCUAGGAAAGUUGGAUCAGAACGCAUGUACCAAUUUCAAGUUCUGGGUCGAAAGUGGUAUCUGAGUCAUUUUUAUCACGCAACAUCAUUGAACUUCACAACGAGGGAACAAGCUGCCGUGGUGUGUUUAGAUCUCUAUCCAGCAACUAAUUACACCGUGAACGUCACCCUCCUGGGAUCUCCUGAGCAGCACUCAGUGCAAACAACAGUAACCACACCAGGAGUAAAACAGACCAUCAGUAACAUUUCAAUAUUUAAUGAAACCUGCUUGAGAUGGAGAAGUUUGAAGACAGCUGAUGUAGAGGAGAUGUACUUAUUCCACAUUCGGGGCCAGAGAUGGUAUCAGAAGGAAUUUGCCCAGGAAAUGAUCUUUAAUAUCACUGCCAGCAGCCAGGCUCCUGAGACCUGUUUGGACCUGCAUCCUGGUACCAACUACAGUGUCACUGUCCAGGCUUUGUCUUCUCAGAGUCCUGUGGUCAUCUCCCUGACAACCCAGAUAACAGAGCCUCCUCUUCCGGAAGUAGACUUCUUCGCCGCGUGGGGUAGGGCUCUGCCACGCCUGAGGCUGCGGAGAGCCGAGGAGAAAAAUGGACCUGUCAGUUCAUAUCAGGUGUUGGUGCUCCCCCUGGCCCUCCACAGCACAUUUGUGUGUGAUUCUGAAGAUGCUACCUCAUUCUUUAGCAAUACUUCUGAUGUUAAUGGAUAUGUGGCUGCAGAACUACUGGCCAAAGAUGUUCCCAAUGAUGCCAUGGAGAUAUCUAUCGGAGACAGGCUGUACUAUGGGAAAUAUUAUAACGCACCCUUGAAAACAGGGAAUGAUUACUGCAUCGUAUUACGAAUCACAAGUGAAUGGGAUAAGGUGAAAAGAAGCUCCUGUGCACUCUGGGCCCAGGUAAAAGGUUCAUCGCUCGUGCUGCCGCAGAUGGUGGGUGUUGCACUGUGCUCCAUGGCUGCUGUGAUUGUCCUCGCAUUCCUCUCCUUCUCAGCGGCCUGGUAUGUGAGACUGUCACUUUGGAGAAAUGAGUGGAAUGGAGAGAGGAUGGAGCUGAAGUCAUGAAGAACAGCUGGGUUGGAGACUGCAGGUGGGUGCUAUGUGAAGGGGACGCGCUGCUGCUGGGGCAGAUGUUAUGACAGCUUCUCAGGUGCUUUCACCGAGGCCUCUGAGUGUGGGCCUGCAACUUUCUCCAUUCCCAGGUUGGCCCCCUUACUGGACUCAAGACAGUGACUGCCUAUUUGGAAUCCCCCCAAAGGAGGACCCUUGGGAAUAGCUGAUGUCUUCCCUGCUCACAACUGGUUCUGUGUCUCUGAACUUGAGAUCCUUGAUAUACAAAGUAGCAUUGCCCACAGGCUGCAGGUCCCAUGGGUGGGCCCAUGUUCCCCUCUGAGUGAUGCCUGAGAGUCAGCCCCCCAAGACACGGAAUGCAAGAGAGUCUCUGUGUCUUCCUUUAUAGCGUCUCUCUUACUAAUUCAGAAUCCAUUCUUUCACAGUAAUUAAUGAGAUAGACUUAAGUGUAGGCUAGAAUGUAACUUUGUGAAGGAGGUCAUUGGAAAGGACAGAGAUCAGUGACAUGGGCCAACGUGUCAGACCCUUUAGAAGCCCCUUUCCUACAAUUACGUUAAUUGGAAAGCAUACUAGCUGGGCCCCUCUGGCAAGUUCCCCGCAGCGUCUGUUAGGCAGCAUUGCUUUGACCCAGUCCCGUUUGUCUUAAAUGUAUUCAAAAGCCGUAAGUCUUCAUUCCAGUAAAAAUAUUCUGUUCAUCUAAGACAGCUCUUCUCUUCCACAUGAAUGUUUAUAGCAGCCUUGGUUAAUUUUUUUUUUAACUGAGUGUUUUCUAAAAAUGCUCUCUAUCCCUCCUUUUAGGUUCGGUGGUCAUGCGGUAACAAUGGGUUGAAACAAUAUCAAGCCCAUGGCCAGAGUCCAUGUGUUUACAGGGGAGGGGAGCUAUGUGGGUGACAUUAUCAUCCCUUUUUGUCUACAACGUCAGUAACUGUGAAUGCCACUUUAUCAUGAACCAUGACACUUUGGGUGUAAGCAGUCCCGAGUGCACUGGCAAUGUGCGGAAUUUACAGCUGGAGUGUAUUAGAUUUGACUUUUAAGCCCGAAUCAGUGUUCUUGAACUGUCCUCCCUAACCAACAGUGUAACUCCAAGGCUCAGCAAGGAAUGAAGGGAGAAGGAUGGUGGCUCGUGGCUUCUCUGAGUGACAGUGGUGUCCUCCUCCACUUUCUCCCUCCCUCUCCAAGCCUAGAGAACAGAUAGCAUGGGAUGGAGAGGAGGGGACAGUUAGAUUGCACAACUCAGGGUGUAGCAUGUAAGGAUGCAGUCCUGGAAUUGGGCAGCUUUGUGAUCCUGAGGAGAAGGGACAGUCUUUCUGACGUGGUGGACUGGCAUGAUGGGUGGGCUUGGGCUUCGGUGAGGCACAGAUCGGAGCCUGGGCUUGUGAGCAGCUGAGAAGACACGAGCAACAGUAGGAAUAGGUGGAAGCUCUAUGAAGCUACUCCCCCUGCCGGGGAUCUGGCCCAAAGCAUAACCUCUCAGCAAGGAGGAGUCAGAGUACUCAAGGCUAACUGUCAGCCCUGCCCUUCCACCAGUGUUAGGCAGUAUUAGGAGUAAUUGUCCCUUGUCCUCUGAGGUACCACCCAGACACAACUUAGCAUCAACGUGUAGAGUGUAGAACCCUUCCUGCUCUCAUCUCAGGUGAAUUACAGAGUAAAGCUCUCACUAGGCUAGUACCGAUAGCUUCCUACUUUUAAUUUUUAUGUGCAACAGUUGAACUCAUACUGUUUUCACAGCUCUUGAAUUAACUUUGAAAUCACUACAAAUGAUUGUAGUUAAUAUUGGGUAGGGUCUCUGAUGAGGAAGAAUUUUCCUAACAAAGCCUCCUUCAUCCAAAGAGAGAAGCUAAGCCUCUCUUCUUCAUUAUUUUUUAACUGGCUCCGUAACACCAUGCUUCUGUAGUCCCGCUAAUUUCUAGUUCUAGCAUUAGCUGCCAAAGAAGCUGCAGUUGUCCGCAUGGAAACUUGGCAUAAUUGUCCUUGAAAGGAAGAAAUCCCACUUGCUUGGUAUCAACAAGUCUCUGGUUAAAAUAAGUGACUAAAUAUUAAGUAAAAUGUACUUCUGGGGACAGUGCAGAAAUGUACAAGCAGUUCAUGAAAGAAAUGAGAAUCGCCAAAACAUAGACUUUGUCCCUCCCUCUGAAUGUUCCAAAUUGUUAACACAGAGUUGCUCGGUGUUAAUACUUAACCGAAGCAGAUGCUGAGCAUUUGCAAGAAGGAGGCAGCAUUUUCCUGCAGUUCUUCUCUGACCGUUUUCUCAUACACAUGAAGGCAGCUUUAAGGUCUCUGAAUUUGCCAGGUAGCUUUUUACUACAAAAAGCUCUUUUUUCUCCCAAGUGGAUUCCUGGUAAAGGCGGAGAGAGCGUCUGAGGAGACCGAUAGUGAAUCUUCCUAGGAUCAUGCAGGGUCCUUCUGUCCGAGGAUUGAUCGGGUAGCGCUUGGAGUUGGGUUGUGAGUGCCACUGAGUGAAGCUGGAUCCCCAGGUGGGGAUGGGGGAAGGAGCUUUUCCUUAACCGUCUUGAGGAGGCGAGCACUACGAUCCAGUCUACUACUAGGACUCAAAAUCGGGGGGUUGCCCAGAUAUGGGGCAGAUUGCUUGGCCCCUCUAGUUUUGGUGUUUUUUUUUAACAUUUUUUAUUGAUUUAUAAUCAUUUUGCAAUGUUGUGUCAAAUUCCAGUGUUCAGCACAAUUUUUCAGUCAUUCAUGGACAUAUACACACUCAUUGUCACAUUUUUUUCUCUGUGAGUUAUCAUAACAUUUUGUGUAUAUUUCCCUGUGCUAUACAGUGUAAUCUUGUUUAUCUAUUCUACAAUUCUGAAAUCCCAGUCUAUCCCUUCCCACCCUCCACCCCCUGGCAACCACAAGUCUGUAUUCUCUGUCUAUGAGUCUAUUUCUUUGUUUUUGUUUGUUUGUUUGUUUGUUUUUGUUUUUGUUUUUGUUUUUUAGAUUCCACAUAUGAGCGAUCUCAUAUGGUAUUUUUCUUUCUCUUUCUGGCUUACUUCACUUAGAAUUACAUUCUCCAGGAGCAUCCAUGUUGCUGCAAAUGGCGUUAUGUUGUCGGCUUUUAUGGCUGAGUAGUAUUCCAUUGUAUAAAUAUACCACAUCUUCUUUAUCCAGUCACCUGUUGAUGGACAUUUAGGCUGUUUCCAUGUUUUGGCUAUUGUAAAUAGUGCUGCUGUGAACAUUGGGGUGCAGGUGCCCUCUAGUUUUUAUUUAUGUCCACCAUAGUUUUUGUGUAUACCCGUUCUUUUGUUCCAUCUGCACAGCAGUUCUCUGUGGUGGGAAGGUUAGGGGUUAUCGCUUCCCCAUCUUAGGAUGGAGAGAGACGGCUCUGGGGCUGAGUAUGGUGCCUGCAAGCCUAGUUCUCAUUCCUGGGCUUUGACAGGACCCUUCUGGUUCUUGGGAGAGUCAGGCCUUUACACUUCCAAACAUACAUAAAUACAUAUAUAACGGUGUCUGUAUUAAAGCAUUGCCUUUACUAUUACAUCACCGUGUCCUUUUAUGCUUGUCUUUUCACUGUAGGUGCCUCCCUCUAUCACCUCUAGAAGGAGCCACAACCAACCAAAGAGAUGGAGGUUGACUAGGGGAAGUAGGUAAUAGUCCAUCCAUGACUCAGGACCUAAAAUUGCAACUGGGCCUUAAGAGUGAGACCAGAGCAGAAGUGGUUAUCUUGAAAUUCCACAGUAGCUGGGCAUAAAGUUAAUAUUUAAGUUGAUUUUAAAGGAAGUAAACAAGGAUUCUCAAUGCUCCCUUUUUAUUGCUAAUCUCAUACUCUGAUUUUCUACACCUUUUUUUCCCCAAUCCAUUCACUGAAGAGAAAGCCAGUGGUAGUAGUCAAUCAAACAGUGUUUUAAGGACCUUUUGCCUAUCCCAGCUGUUGUUGGGUAAACUCAGGUGCCUGAUCUUGGAGAGGAGAGAGAGUGUGGCUUUUUCUGUGCCCAUUUGUGGGCAGGUGAUGCAGCGAGGCAAAUUGAUUAAAAAAAAAAAUAGGGUAUGCCCCUUGUUUCAGAGAGAGAAAGAGUAUGAACUAGCCAUGUUGGUGAUGUGUGUGUGUUGUGUUUCCAUAUCCGUAUUUUUUGGGCACAUCUCAGGGUUACCAAAACGGGGUCAGACUAGGCACGUAGUCUGUGAUAUGCUUCUUUCAUUUAUCAACACAUCUUGGACACAUUUUUCACAUCAGUAGGGACGGCAUUGGAAGUUUAUACCACAAUUUAUUUCCCCAACACUCUACUGUGCGUUGUGCAUUUAGAGUGUUUCCAGAUGUUUACUGCUUUUAUACAUGUCUGUAUAAUUGUAAGCAAGUAUCACUUAGACUAAAUUCCUAGAUUUGAAGUUACUGGAGUGAAAACUAUAUACAUUUGAGGUUUACUCCAUGUUGUCAGAGGAAUGUCAUAGAAUGUUCAUACCAGCUUACACUCUCGUUGGCAGGAAGCCUCAGCACUGCUGGGUCUCAUGGAUAUCUCUAAUCUUGAUUAAUCUGGUCGGUGAAAAAUGACCUUUCAGUGUUCUGUUUGCAUUUCUCUAACUAUUUUGCACGUUGAUUGGUCACGUGUGGUUUUGUUUCGGUGAACUGCCUUUUUUUCCCCUCAGUACUUGGCUUGCCUUAUAUUGGUUCGAAAAAGCUCUUUGUAUUAUAGUCAUUUUCAUUCUUAGCUGUCACAUAUUUUGUAAACAAAGUUCCUGCUUUGUCAUUUCCGUUUUGACUUUGUGCCAUACAUCGCCACACAGAAGCUUUCAAUUUGUGUAGUCAAAUGUAUCAGUCUUUUUCCUUACGUAUUUUGCCUUUGGUGCUAUGCUGAGAAGGACCUUCCAGUCUCAAGGUAAUAACUAUAAUUCAGCAGUUAAAAAAACCCAACAUUUAAAGCUUUAAUCCAUCUGAAAUUUAUUUUAGUAUAAGGAGCGAGGUGGGGGUGUCUUUUUAUUGUUACUAAAUGGUUUAGCCAGUUCUGUUGAUAGCCCUUAACUGGAAUUUUCCCCCGUAGAGGUUUGAGUAGUAUACUGAAUCACAGACUACAGUCUGUGUCUGAACUUUCUCUUUUGCUCUGUUGAUCUAUUUCUGUGCCAGAACCACCUGCUGUAAGUUUACGAUAGUUUUUUUUUUUUAAUAUCAAGUAAAAGUCAGUUACUACUCUUUUUCUGUUAAUUCUGAGUAUUCUCAGGUUUUAUGAUAUAUUUAUUCAUGUAUACAUGUUUAUGACACAUAAACUAAAGAAUUAUUUGGUCAUGUUCCCUGCCCCCCACCCCAAAUCUUCAUACUUUUUCCUUGGGAAUGAGGAAUGAGGGCUCCUCUCGCAGAAUGUAAUGUGUGUUUCCCUCUCGCUUUUGUGUGUGUCCCUCUCUAGAGUGUUAUAAUACUCAACUUACAAGUUAAUUCAUGCUUAUUUUUUGUUGGGUAUGGCCAGAUACUUUAUGCCUUGUCAUCCAGAACCCCCGAGUCAGUAUUUCAGCUCCUGCCUCUGAGAGUGCACCCCACGCCCACUUACUGCUGGCACUGUCAGCGUCCCCUUGCUCGGGCGAGCUGCCUUUUGGGGAGAAGUCACAUCACGAUGGCUCCUCCAACUCAGUUACUUUUCUGGGUAUCUCCUUGACCCAGGGAAACUCUCAGAUCUUUGCCAUGCCAAAUGAGGGACUGCCCUACCAUCACAGAGAGCUCCAGCCACAGACUUUAGUUUCCUUACCCGUUAGACCCUGUGUCCUCCAUGGUGGAAGUGUAGCUUCCAGUACUUUCCAAUGUGGUUUCCACUUUUUUAUCAAGCUGCUGGCCUGACAGCCUCAGCUUCUUGACCUUCGGGUUUCUUAUCCUUGAAAUCAGAUACCAGGCCACUGUGUCCUCUGAAGCUUUAGGGGACACGAAUUCAAGGGAGUGGAGGUCCCCUUGAAGCUCCUCUUUCCAGGCACGGACUGAGGAAGGUCCCUUUACCCCCUACCAUCAUGGUGGGGGAUGUAAAAUAAACAGCUUGCCAUCAGCUUUCCCAAAGGACUACUUUCUUUUGACUUUUUCAAUUUUAAACCAGUUUCUUGGGUAUUGGGCUAAGGGUCACAAGGCCAUUUGGAAAUCCUUAUUUUAGAAUAUGGGAGUACUUGCAACCUAUUAUUUUCAGCUUUUUGGAACUUUGGUCAAAACAGAAAGUGUUCAAUUUGGAGCCAAAGGAUGAGAAAAUAUAGUUCACAGAAAAAGAAAUGCAAGUGGCUCUGAAACACAAGAAAAUAUGCUUGACUUGACUUUUAAGAAAAAAGCAAAUUACUGAGAGGUCAUUUGUCACCUAUCAAGUUGGGGGAAAUCCAGAGACUUAACAACACACUGUCUUUGGAGGCUGUGGAGGAGCAGGCAGUCACACGUUGUUAGUGAGAGCACAGAACCGUGCGACCUUUGUGGCGGGAAAUCUGGCGAUAUUUACAUUGCCUUUGUCCCUUAACCCAGCACUCCCGCUUCUGGGAGCUGCCUUACGGGUUCGCCGGUACGUGUUCAAAAUGACACAUGACGGGGUUGUUCAUUGUUACUUUGUUUAUAAUAGUAAAGGCUUAGCAACAACCCCAGUGCCUCUCAGGAGGAAGCUGGUUAAAUGAACUCUGAUACUUCUUUGCACACAGUGGGAUAGGCUGAGUUGUAAAAAAGGAAUGAGGAAGGACUCUGUGCACAGAUAUGGAGAGGUCUUUGAGCUGUAUUGUUUUAAUGAGAAAAACAAGGUGGGGUAUAGUGUAUAUAGUCUGCUGUCUUUUAUGUAAGAAAGAGUGGGGAAUGAGAAUAUUCAAUUUUCCAUAAAGAAACACUGGAAUAAUAGUGAUGAAUUAAUGAAAAUGGUUACGAAUGGAGCAAGGGAGAGUCUGUUAAGUGUUUAUCUUCUUAUUUUGUUUUGAUUUUAAACAUGUAAGCAUAUCACUAUUCAAAGACAAAAAAAAAUAAAAUUUCAUAAGAAAGAGAAAGUGUUCCAUUUAAUAUCCUGUUGCACAUGUCAAAUCAAAAGCUGAUGGGUACUGCUUGGCUUCCUUCUCAAUGUAAAUCCAAGACACCUAAGAUUUGGAUAAGAUUGGUUUAAUUCUCUAUUCCAAACCUGUGGGAGCAUUCACUGCUGUCUUUUGAGAUUUCUGAAAGUUCCAUGAGAUGGUAGAGGUGGGUGCAUUACACUCCCAUGAUCAACUCUAGGGCCUAGUUUCUGCUUCCUAUGGAUUGGUUUAGGCAAUAGAUCAUCUCACCUUCCCACAUGGAGUCCCUGUUCCACCCGCACUGACCUGCCUGUGGAACUCCGCUCCUUUCCAUAAUUCCCACCCAGAGCCUCGUUAAGGACUUGGCGCAUUUAGAUAAUGUGAAUGGAGAGUGUAUUCGUUUCCUAUUGAUGCUGUAACAAAUAGCCACAAACUUGGUGGCUUCAACCGCACAGAUUUACUGUUUUACAGUCCUGGAAGUCAGAAGUCUGUCCUGAGCCUCACUGGGCUACAGUCAGGGUAUUGGCUGAGCUGUGUUCCUUCUCGAGGCUCUAAGGGGAAUCCAUUUCUUUGCCUUUUCCAGAUUUGAGAGGCUGCCUAUAUUCUUUGCCUGUGGUAUUUCUUCCAUCUUCAAAGCCAGCAGUGCAGCAUCUUCACAUUUCUCUCUGACUCUGACUCUUCUGUCCUCCCUGCCCCCCCCCCCACUUCAGUUAAUAGGAUCCUUGUGAGUACUUUGGGCCUCCUUGGAAAACCCAGGCUAAUCUCCCAUCUCAGGAUCCUUAACUUAAUCACAUCCACAAAGCUGCUUUUGCCGUGGAAGCUGACAUAUUCACACACUUUGGGGUUAGUAUGUGGACAUCUUUGGUGGCCAUUACUCUGCCUACAACAGAGAACAUUAUAUUUCAGAUAUACAAAUAGUUAAAAGUGGGUAUUGUUUAUCCUUCUUCAAAGUUCUCAUCCUUCCCAUCUUCAUUAUCAAAUCCCUGAAAUGCUGAAUAAUUUAGCUUUUUUUUUUUUUUUGGCUAAUCUAUGACCUAAGCAUCCACCCUUACCCAAAUAUUUACCAAAGUAAUUUUUUAAACAAGAAUAGUUUCCUCCUUAAGAAUUAUGUUGUCAGCUGUUAACGUGUUAUAUUUUUGACCUUCUGAAAAUUCUCUGAAAUUUCUGAUUGUUGAAUAUCUUCUUCCUUGUUGCACAGUGUGCUGAUUCAGAUUUCUUAAAAACUUUUUGUGUGAAUCUUUGGUAAUGUGAUUUUGGGGCACAACUAGAAACAGGAAGGUGGAAUAUUUGUGAGAAGAUUAUAGCAAAGGCUAAAUAUGCUGUUUUAUUUUUUAUUGCUGUGUAACAAAGUACCUCAAACCUAAUGGUUUCAAACAGUACACGUUUAUUAUCCCCCAGUUUCUGUGGGUCUCAGGAUUCCAGGUUUAGUGCAGUUGGAUUCUCUGCUCAGGACGUCACAAGUCUGCAGUCAAGGUAUUGGCUCAGUUGCAUCUUCAUCUGGAGGCUUGACUGGGGAAUACCCCUCUUCCAUGCUCAUUCAUAUUGUUGGCAGAAUUCAUUUCCUUGCAGUUGUAUGGCCGAAGUCCCCAACUUUUUUCUGGCUGUCAGCUGGAAGCUGUCCUCAGGUCCUAGAUGCCAGCCAUUGUUCCUAGAGGCCAUCUGUAGUUGUUGGCCACGGGGGCUUCCUGAACAGGCUGCCUAACUUGUCAAGUUAGCAAGGAGAAUCUCUGAAUGCAGGGAGGGCCCAGCCCCUCUUUUAAAAAAGGGCCUUUGUCUGACUAAGUCAGGCCCACCUUGGAUAAUCUCCCUUUAACUAACCAAAAAAUCAACUAAUUUGGAACCUUAAUUACAUUUGCAAAAGCCCUUCAUCUUUGCCAUAUUCUAUUGGUUAAAAGUAAGUCAUACUCAAAAGGAAAACAUUAUACAGGCUUUGGACACAAGUGGCAGGGGAUGAUGAGGGCUAUCUUAGAAUUUUGCCUACCAUAAGUUACUAAGAAAAAAUCAAUUAGAAACUUUAAACCCUACCACAGGAUUUCCUGGAUUCUUCGGACAUGGCUCCUUGAUUUUACAGCAAAAGCCUAGGACUGCUUCUGUUUUCUCUAAGGAGAGGUGCCAAGGCUGCCAGGGUUGGACGUAGCCCAUGGCCCACAGGUUUCAAGAAGGUAACUGGAUCUGUAAGACUGCUUUCCCACCCUGGACUGGUUGUACUCACUUGAGCGAGGCACAGAGAUUUGGGGCAGAGAAACGUCACCAUUUCUCUGGGUCCACGGGCAUGCGUCCCAUCUCUUAGCCUUUGGCUUAGCAGGAUUCAGAAAUUGUGAGCUUGGCCUGCAAAAGUCUAUCUCUGCCAAACUCGAGAGAGCCUAGUGUGUGGCCUGAAGGGCUCGAUCCUGUGGUCCCUGGAAGUGGCUGUCCUGAGUCUUGGUGGGCUGGACAGGAUAAGGCAACCUUGACCAGAUUCAGCGUUUCCAAAUGGUGGUGAGAGCUCCAGGGACCAGCUCUGGAGAGCACAUAGGUCUUCCCCAGCCCCAAGACCCUCUGUAACCAAGGACUUGGCAGUAGCUGUGUGCAGCCAAGAAUGGCUGAGCUGGAGAUUACAACUCUUGGCCACAAGCCAUGAUUCCCUCUGUCCAAGGUGCCUCCCAGUGAACAGUGGAUCUUAGAACCUGAAAGAGGGCUCAGCUCCAAGAGCCAGGAGGAACUUGGGUUGUCUUUGGAUAAUCACUGUUUAUUGAGAUCUCACGGAGACGAACACCAGGUGACGCCGACACUGAUGGUUUGCGUGGUCCUUGCUAUGCUGGGAUGGCCAGGGACAGCUGUGAGGCUGUCCACCAUGCUGCCUUCUGGCCAAAGAAGGGGCAGUGCCCAGGAGAGGGGAAUUGUUAUCACAGAACCUAGGAGGGGGCAGCAGCUGGGCUGUGUAACUUCUGCACCAGACAAAGAAGACAGUGUCUUGAUCUUGGCUAGAGAAUGUAAAUGUCCACACUGCAUGUGACCCUAUAAGGGAGAAGGGGCACAGGGCUGCCAGACUUGAAGACUCCAGCCUGUCUCCAGCUUGCUGCCAAGGGCACAAAACAGCUGAGUCUGACUUGGCUGCCUGUGAUCUGCAUUCAUUUCCUUUUUUUUUCCUGUGUAAAAUAAUUUAAAAAAAUUUUUUAUACCAUUUUAAAGGUUACAGUCCAUUUACAGUCAUUAGAAAAUAUUGGCUACAGCCCCUGUGUUGUACAAUACAUCUUUGUAGCCUAUCUCACACCCAGCAGUUUGUAACUCUCCCUCCCCGACCUCUAUAUUGCACCCCGCCUCGCUGGUAGCCACUAGUUUGUUCCCUACAUCUGUGAGCCCGCUUUUUUUUUUUUUUUUUUUGUUAUAUUCACCAGUUUGUUGUAUUUUUUGGAUUUCACAUACAAGUGGUAUCAUACAGCGUUUGUCUUUACUCUGCUUCCUGGAUUUCUUGUAGCAAAUUAAUACAUAGCCAACAGGUCUGGGUGUCAGGCUGAGUUUGUUGCAUGUUGGAUAGUUUGCUGCAUUAGACGGAGGCUGAAGGAACUCCACAAAGGCCAAAGGACCCCUCCCACAUUGCCCUCGCAAGACGGUGUCUCUUAGUCUCCAGCUGUAACGCACCUCUGGUGUCAGCCACUUUCCUCCACUGCCCCUCAUCUCAGCGGCCAUUCCUCUGGCUUUCCCUCCUCCUCCCUGCCGGCUGCUGCUGCAGACCCUGGAGGCUUCUCUAGAGAGACCACUCAGAUGGGGUUUGGAGCUUCAUGAAGAGCUGGAACCCACACCGGAGAUGCGUCUGGGAGAGCACGUGAGUCUUCCUUAGAGCCAGGCACGGAAAGACCAAGGCUUGUCCCUGGAUGAGAUGGAAGAAGCAGAGACCUAUUUCUGGAGGGCAGGAGGCCUGGAGGGACACACAGCGCUGGGGAGUUGACUGUGUGCCUCGGGAGGCUGCCUGUGCAUGUUGGGAUAAAAGUGUUUCUUUCACACUUGGCCUGGGAUUGUGGUCUGAUUGACUGCAUCGCACACUUAGCUUUCUAAGGUUAACCAGCCAGGUCAUCGCCCUCAGCCUCUGCCUGCAAGCAGGUUGCCAGCUGGCCCUUUAUUGCCCACCUAGCUCUCGUCAGCUUUGUCAUCCAGGUCGUUGCCCUUAAUUCCUGGGACCUCCCUUCAGUUUCCCAAGAACAAACGGCAUGUGCUACGUCCGCUCUGCUGCUGCGCACUAGCCUGUACUUUUGGAAACUCUCAUAAAGUUUCCAAAUUGACGUACCUUUCUUUUGCUCUGUGUCUUCUGCUUUGCAUAACUGCUUGCAUGGUCAGCCACCGUGCUGCGUGCUGGUAAACGGAGAGAAAAAGAAAUGGCUUGAAUGGAGCAACAGGAAAACGAAAUUAUUUUGAGCAAAUACUCUCUGAGUGGGAGGAGAGCCUGAAACUUAAGUCCAAAGGAGAGGAUGACCAGUUCUAUUGAACUUUCAAGCAUUUCAACUGAGAAGCUCUGACAGUCUCUGAUCUCAGUAAAUUCACAUCUAGUUUCAAGGAGUGCCUUGCAAACCCCAUUCUGAGGGUGGUGACAGGUCAGUAGAAUCACGUCCAUCUAUUUUUGUAAGAUUUAUAAUGAAUACUUACAGUGAAAGUAAAGCACUUUUUUUUAAACUCUCUAUAGCACAAAGGGAUGGGAUCUGACACCCAGUGAAAGAAAUCGUCACUUAAGUUAGUCUGAGUUACACUGUGUUUUGGAAAUUCUCCAAACUUAAUACUUAGGCCAUGUACUCCAAGACCAAAGCAUGUGGGUUUUUAAAAAGUUAUUAUUUUCAGGAGUAAGCUUGCUGAAUCACCACAGAUUUUUUUUUUUUUUUAACUACAAGUUUGCUGACUGUCAUCUUCCAGCUGGCUUGGCGUUGCUCUGGCUCCCCGUUGAGCCCACCGGUAGAGCCAGUCUGUCUUUAGGAGAAGAACUUUACUGGUGGUCCUCCCUGCUAAGUAUAAAGCCCUGGUGGCAAUUUCAAAUGGGUGAGGAAUGAUAGAUUGUUAGGGGAUUGAGCGGCCAACCAUUUGGGGAAAACUUGUGAUAAAAAAGGAUGUUCACACAUGGAGAUACAGGGCAGUCAUUCUGGCUUACACAUGAGUUCACUUGAAUUUUAUGCUAACUAAAACAACCUGUUUGUGGCCUAUCAAACAUACACUGUACACCUGCUUUCAUUAUUAAAGAAAAGAGCACAUUGACCAGAAGGAAAGAAUGUCCAUAUUAAAAAUAAAGAUUAAAUGUCCCUCUUCCUGAGACGCUGAUGCUGGUCCUCCUUUGAUGGUAAGGCUCCCUUCCCAGGUGCCAAGACCAUACUGACUCCCUGUGUACAUGCUGGUCUGCUGUUUGUUUUUUUGUUUGAAAUCUUGAAGAAAUGUAACCCUGACUUGUUUAAUGUUCUUUGUUCUGACAAGAUUUAAAACUGUGCUGAAAAUCCUGCUUCUCUGGAACAGUUUCUCAGAAUCAUCUGGGAAGCGGGUUUCUGGGCUAGUCCUCAGUUUGGCUCAAAUAAAACUCUUUUCUAGUCUUAUUA